AUGUUUAAACAAAAAAUGGAUAUUGAUGAAUUUUAUCAAAGAUUUUGGUUAACAAAAAGCAAAGCAGACAGCUUUUUAGCUACAAAGAAAGGGGCAUUAUUUCGUGUUGGUGUUAUUGGAGUAGUGACUGCAGCUUAUCCCAUUGCAAAUCUCCUUAUGUCUGGUCCAUUACUCAGCGCUUUAUUUCCCUGGAGGUACAAAGUUAGCAAUGAACUUCCUGACCGAUUAAAAAAGACGAUUGAACAACAAUCUUUCUUUUGGUUAGAAAAAGAAGGGAGAGGUGAAAGUGAUACUUUCUUUUCCUUUACAUGUCAACUUGAUGCUAAAAAAAGUUUUGAUUCAAUUAGAAUUGGAACUUUGGCUAGUCCAACAGGUGCACAAAUUGCAUUACCUUUUUAUGUUAAAUUUAAAAAUGAGCAAGAGGCAUUAGAAUAUGCUAAACAAAAUUUGGAGCCAUUUAAUAUCCUUGGCAAAACAGCUUGUAUUAUAUGGGAAUCUGAAAUUGGUAAACAAAUUUUGUCGACUUUUGUUUUAUCUGAUGAGGCUUUGGCUUUUUUGGUUGCUAGAGAUCUUUAUGCUGUACAAAAGCCGUAUUUAUUGACUCAGGCAAUUUUUGCAAAAUAA